UUGUUUGGUUGGGCCGCCCGCAAAUCCUUCCUGGUGAGGAGCUGGUUUCCGAACGCGGCCGAACCCCAGGGUCUGUCGAACUCCAGGUCACGUGGGUAGCGGCCCCCAUGACGUGCGGGCUUCUGGGCGUCACUGUGACGUUCGGAAGACCUGCCAGGUGGCUGGGCUCCCUCCGUCACCGGUGCAGCCGCGGCGCGGCCAUGGACUUGGGGCCGAUGCGCAAGAAUUACCGCGGGGACCAGGAGGCAUUUGAAGAGACUCAUCUUGCUUCUCUGGACCCCAUGAAGCAGUUUGCUUCCUGGUUCGAGGAAGCUGUUCAGUGUCCUGACAUAGGGGAAGCCAAUGCCAUGUGUCUGGCUACGUGUACCAGAGAUGGAAAACCCUCUGCCCGCAUGUUGCUGUUGAAGGGCUUUGGCAAGGAUGGCUUCCGUUUCUUCACUAACUAUGAGAGUCGGAAGGGAAAAGAGCUGGACUCUAAUCCCUUUGCUUCCCUUGUCUUCUACUGGGAGCCUCUGAACCGGCAGGUUCGUGUGGAGGGGACCGUAAAGAAGCUUCCUGAGGAUGAAGCCAAGGGCUACUUCCAUUCCCGCCCCAAGAGCAGCCAGAUCGGGGCUGUGGUCAGUCACCAGAGUUCUGUGAUCCCUGAUCGGGAGUAUCUGAGAAAGAAAAAUGAAGAGCUGAAGCAGCUCUACCAAGAACAACAGGUGCCUAAGCCAAAAUACUGGGGUGGCUAUAUCCUGUACCCCCAGGUGAUAGAAUUCUGGCAAGGCCAAACCAACCGCCUGCAUGACCGAAUUGUCUUUCGGCGGGGCCUCCCACCUGGAGAUUCCUCCCUGGGACCCAUGACUCACCGUGGCGAAGAAGACUGGCUCUAUGAAAGACUUGCACCUUGAUGCUGGAGAAGCCAGAUAUUAAGAGACCCUGUGUGACGUGGAAGAGAUUUCAAACCAGAUCCUCUUAGGACUUGCCUACGUGGGAAGGACCUACAAGGAGUGUCCCGCCGUUAUCAGUGUUCAAUCUUAGCCAGUCAGGAAUUUUACAGAUGAGAUUCACAUUAUGCUGAAAUAUAUAAGCCAGGAAGUUUUUAAUCCCACUACUGUCCGUGUUCUUAGUGGAAAUUCUAUGUGUGAAUGUAUAUGCAAAUAUCUGUAUCUUAUCAUUCAAAUAUAAAAUGAAAUCAUAAGCCA